AAUCAGCUGUUUAUUUUGAGGUUAUGUUUUGUUAUUCGAAUUCGAUUCGCAAUUUACAUCAUUAAGUAACAAUUUUGGUAUAAAUAAGGAGAGCAUCCGAAGAAAAUGUUAGCUAAUAGAUUAAGACAAAUCGGCGCCACAGCAGUCAGGCAAAGGCCUAUUUUGAGAGCCAGCUACGCGAAGGCUGCGUACGAGGGUGAGGGGAAGACCACCGUGCGAGUGCUCAACCUGGAACCGGAUCUAGGGCUGAUGAUAGACGCGUAUGCUACCUAUGGUUUCCGGCUGAACAACGGUGUGACAGUGCUCGGACCCAUCGCCAUCUUUCCCAGGACGGUGCUGUCUUGGCAGGUGCGCAGCUCCUAUGAAAUCACGGAGCAGUCGCUGAAACUCUUCAAGAUUCUGGAGCCCAGUAUAGACGUCUUGAUCAUAGGUCUUGAAUGCCAGGAUCGCGCGGUCAUCAACUCGGCCUUCAAAGCUGCGCGCGCGCUCGGCCUCAACGUGGAGUUGCUGUCCACCGAGCACGCCUGCUCCACGUUCAACUUCCUCAACGCCGAGGGCAGGUCAGUGGCGGCCGCGUGCAUCCCCCCGCUCAGCAUCACCCUCAGCGAGGACGACAUGCUGCAGUCCAAACUGCACUACGAGAACCUGUACAGUAGGGACUUGAAGUGAACUCUGUUUCCAGCGAAUAACAUUCAUUUUUGAACGAUGAAGGCAAAGGUGAACGCAAACUUGGCCGCGCCGCAGUCGAAUUAUUUAUGUCUUAUGUUUAACUUUGAAUUUAGCGCUAUUACUAAAAAUAUUUUAACGCCACCUACUAAAAGUGACAAAUUUAACGCCACUUUCAAAAGAAUACAAGUUUUUUGCAAAUCCCACGCGAUAUUUAGUUUUUACUUAUUAUACUUAUUAUUUAGUUGUGUGCAGCCUCAGUGUAGCGGCGACAAACCUGCGUUUAUCUUAAAAGAAUAUAUCUAUUUAGUUUUCAUUGCGAUAUCUUUUGACAAACAAAUUCCCAUAGAUUUUUUGUAAAUAAACUAAAAAUAUAUAAAUUUGGCUCUAUUUUUAUAGACUUGACUUAUUAAUUACUUUGAUAGACAAGACUUUCAAAAGUAAUAAAGGAAAGAUUGUAAUUUGGAGAUUCUACCUUGCUUCAAUUUGUUAUUAUUUGAAUGAGCACAAAAAAAACACAAAUUUAAGGUAAAUUGUUGUUUACAAAACAUUGAUUCUUUUUAUUCCAUAUUUCGUUUAAAAUGACGGAUGUCAACAAAGUGAAACACUGUCGAAUAAACAUUGAUAUUAGUUUCGCAACAUUGUAAUGCUAUUUCAAAUAAAUUAUAAUUUUGUACAUAUAGUUAGUUAAUUGCAAUAAAAUAUAUGAAAUUUAUAAAGUUUUUUUUUUAUUAGUUUAAUGAUGUGACGUUUUAGUAAAACCUGAAUGUGCAGGUUUCCUUACAGUUGACGUUGUUGAAGAAAAUGCUGCAGUGCAGUUUGUUACCGCUUCUUCUGCACUGACGCCUUGGAAGCUGCAGUAAACUUAGUGUUAAGUAAUUUAUUUGAUGUCAACCAAUGUUGUUAAACCAUACGUUUUGACAAUUAUUAAGCGAUAUGAAGUAUCCUAUAAUAAUAAAUAAAAAAUUAUGAAUUAUGAGUAAGAACAUCGGUUAGAACUCUAUACUAAUAAUGUACAUAAUACUAAAAAAUAUUGUUACCGGCAAAAAAAUUGAUUUGAACCUGCGCCUGCCUGAGCUGUACAUAA